AUGGCCAACCCAGCAGAGACGGUGCAGGCUGCCCUUCAAAACAUCGAGAAUGAGGACGAGUUUGAGGAAUUCGAGGUCGAAGAAUGGGAUGAGUCCAAGGAGGACCCAGCGAACUCCUGCUUGUGGGAACAGGACUGGGACGACGACGACAUCAACAACAACUUUGCUGAGAGAUUGAAGGCCGAGCUUGCCAACCUGCCCAGCGACCCCCUGGCGGUGCUGUGGGAGGUAGAGGGCCUGAGCCCCUGCGACCCCGCCGAUGUCCUGCCAGCCGCAGCCAGGGCGGGGGUGGCCCUGUUCCAGAACCUCACCUCGCUCGACAUCGCCAUCCCCAUCGCCUGGAGCGCCAUGCACAGCAACGAGACGUGCAGCCUUGGCCUCAGGCUCACCCCCCUCUCCGGCUCCGCGUCUGUGCGGCCCCAGCUGGGCACAGCGGCGCUCAUCGCCUUUCCCCUUCCCCCUGGCACAUGCCCCCCCGGCACGGCGGUGGCGGGGGCCUCGCAGGCUGUGCGCGCAGUGCUCGGCAGCGCCAGCGACGUCAACUCGACGGCGGACGGCACGGUGAGCGGUGCCGUGCUCCUCUCCCGCACCAGCCGCCUGCUGGCCCUGGCGGUGCGGGGCCAAGGGAACAGCUCCCUGACGCUGUCGGCCCGCCAGCAGGGGGACCAGGAGGUCUACGCUGCCAUGGUGGAAAACGGCGUGGAGAACGUCACCCUCUGUGCAGUCCCUGCAGAGGACUACGAGCUCCGGGUCAGGCUCAACACCGGCGGGGACUGGGUGCCCGCGCAGGGCGGUGCCUGCCCCUGCCGCCUGCCCGGCGGCGAGGGCCUGGUGGAGGCCAGCUCGGCCGGCGCGGGGGCGAACGAGACGGCGCUGCUGGGGGCGGGGCCGUGCUCGAGCUGGCGGCUGGACCUGGGUGUGGGGCCCAACCAGUUUGACCUCGUUCCUCGUCGCGCGGACGGCAGCGGUGCGGGGAACGAGAUCCCUGGCGAGGGGUCAGCGGCGGCGGUGCCCGCGUCAACGCCCGGCGCCCCCCCUCGAGGCGCGCCCCCCUCUUCCCUCAGUGUCGUGCGGCGGGCCCCGCCCUCCCACGUGCGCCUGGCCAGCCUGAACCUGACCACGCCCGCCGGCACCACCGCCACGCUGUGUGCCGCCGCCGGCGCCGCGCCGCGCGUCUCAGCGCAGAGCCUGCAGGCGCUGGCGCUGGCGGAUGGGGCUGUGGACGGCGUGGGCCGCUGCAUUCCGGGCGUCCGGCUGAACGUCAGCGUGCCCGCGCCUUCCGAGUUUGUGAGUCUGCGCGCGGGGCUGGCCUUCCCGCACGUGGAGGGCAUCCGCGUGGAGGCCGGCGGCCAGGUGCUGACGCGCGGGGGGGUGGGAGACGGCGCUGACGCCGACGGCGGCGGCGACGCGCUUUCCUUCCCGCCCACCGCCCCCCCCGAGACCUUCCUCCCCGCCGCGUUCGUCAUGCGCCUGCCCAGCGACAUGCCCGUCGACCUCGACGUGCUGGUGGUGGCCGAGGACGGCGUGACCUCGGCGCGGUACCCGCUGCGCCUGCUGCGCCGGGGGACUGCUGGCCCGGCCGGCGCGGCGCGCGGCGCGGCCGGCGCGUUCGCGCCGCUGGCCGAGGGCCCGGCCCCGGAGCCGCUGGCCCACGGCGGCCUGGAGGAGGAGCAGGGCCCGCUGCAGGCUGGCGACGGCGAUUUCGGGCACGGCGGCGCCAACUGCACGGCCUGCCCGCCGGGCUGGGCCAGCAGCACGCUGAACGCCAGCGCAUGCACCAUGUGCCCGCCCGGCACGCAGGCCUCGCAGGCCCAGGCCUCGACCUGCCAGUCCUGCCCCGCAGGCUCCUACUCCUACUCCUGGGGCGCCAGCGCCUGCCAGCGGUGCAUGGCUGGCACCUUCAGCAGCGGACCCGGGAGCACGCUGUGCAGGCUGUGCCCUUCCGGAGCCGGCGUGGCAGCAUCCCCCGCGGACAUCGUGGCCGCGCUGAUCCGGGCAGACACGGCGGUGGCUUUCAACGUCUCCCUGGCCUCGGUGUCGGUGUCGACGGCCGAGCUGGCCAGCCGGCGCACGCUGCGCGCGGUGGUCAGCGCGUCGCUGGACGUGGCCGUGCCCGACAACGCCACCGCGCCGGAGAUCGCGGCAGCACUGGAGGUGCAGCGUCUGAGCGCCGACGCGCCCAUCGCCUGGCUGGCCGACGACCCGGACUCCUUCUUCGCGCGCACCACGCAGACGCUAGCGGUGACGGUGACGGCGGGCGGCGCGGCCACGCAGGAGGUGCGCCCCGACGCCCACCUGCCCCCGCUCCUCGUCUGGCCGCUGGCCGGGCCGGGGCUGGCAUGCCUGGGCGUGGGCCUGGCCCUCCUCCUCCCCCUCCUCCCGCGUGGGGAGGGCUGGGGCCGGCGCCUGAGGAGGACGCUGUCCCCGCGCCGGGCAGCCCGCUCCAUCGCCUGA